AUGCCAUGGGGUCAUUCUGAAGUACUGCAAGAAUUUGUCUUCGUAGCGAUUAAGAGGAAAACUAAAAUUUGUUUUGGUGUCUUGGGUGUUUUGUUAUUGAGUGCAUUCCAUUUUCGGAUUUUUAGAAGUUACCAGGGAUAUGAAUUUAAACUUGGGAAAGAUAGUAACUAUAUCAGUAAGAAAGAUUAUUUUGAUGGAUUACCCAGUAUAACAUUAACUAUAAGAACUUCAAGUCAACCCAGGCUAUUACCGUUUCUGUACUGUACUGCCCUUAGAACAGCUGUAUUGUAUUGGUCACAAGAUAUAGGAUCCAUUGGAAUUAUUCUUGAUAAGGAAUCCAAUGAAGACGUUAAAAUGGCAACAAGUCUCAAAAGUCACCAAGAAACCAUGGGUAUAAAUUUCAAGAUAUACUAUGAAGCUCUUCCACAUGAUCCGACCAUUUUCACUAGAAUCAGACGUCGAUUUCCAAGUUACAACAGACAAAUAUUUUGCAGCUUUUUGCUGGAUUUAUUUAUAGAAACAGAUGUUAUAGCUUGGACAGACACUGAUGGGAAAUUUACCAGCCCAGUGACUAAAGAUAAUAUUGUUAAUAAUGGAAAAUUACGAGCCAAGGGAAUGGAUACAUUCAAAUACGGGCAUAUUAAAAUGUGGUCUAGGAUGACAGAAAGGAUGAUAGGUCAUCCUAUGAUCAGUGAUUUCAUGACGUAUUUUCCGGUAUAUAUAUGGACAGACACUGUCAAAAACUGCAGAAAACACAUCCUUAAACAUAUGAAUGUAACAUCUUUAGAAACAGCCUUUAUGAAAACAGGACCAGGCGGUGAUCUUAGUCCAGUUAAUGUUAUAAUGACAUAUGCUUACUAUUUCGAACAUGAUAAAUACGAUUGGCAUCUUGACCUAAGAAGAAAAUCAUUAGAUGUUUACAACAAAAAACAUGUGAGUCCUGGAUUCGAAUUGACACCGGCUCAUUUAAAGCCGGAAGUUCAUGUAUCAAUACAUGAGAAAUAUUACUCUGAUCCGUUUAAUACUAUUAAUAAAAAGGCCUAUUGUAUGGCAAUUAGGAAUACAAAACUAUAUAGAAAUAUGGCGGACAGUAUUAAAAAGAUGUGUCAACCGUUUCUCCAUGAUACGAUGUGGGAAUUAUUCCAAUUUUGCAAUAAAGUCGAACAAGAGCACGUGACCACUUGGUGCAAGGACGAUAAAGCAUUGUGCAUUCAAUUAUUAGAUGAACAAUACUCAAAAGUACAUGAUCUGGUCGAUUCAGAUGUUUACAAGUUAAAUCUAACCAAAGUCUCUGCUGUAGAAAAUGCUGCCAAGGACAUGGGUUUUCAAUGUGAGUCUUUUUUUGAGCCUGUUUAG